AUCUUUCAAUAGACGAUCUUUUACAAAAGUCGUAACCGGAAGUUGUUUGCGACCUGAAGUUCGAGAGCAAACACGAGUGACAUUGUGGUCCACCUACUGACAGCGACUCACCAUGGCUCCUCGAAACAAAAACAGGGUUUUUAUCAUCGGCGUUGGGAUGACAAAGUUUGACAAGCCAGGGGCCCGUGGUGACUAUGACUACCCUGACAUGGCGAAGGAAGCUGGUCAAAAGGCGCUGGCAGAUGCAGGAAUCCCAUAUUCUGCGAUAGAACAAGCCUGUGUGGGAUAUGUCUAUGGGGACUCCACAUGUGGGCAGAGAGCCAUUUACCACAGCCUGGGCUUGACCGGCAUCCCCAUCACUAACGUCAACAACAACUGCUCCACGGGCUCCACGGCUCUCUUCAUGGCCCGACAGCUGAUUCAGGGAGGUCUUUCAGAUUGUGUGCUUGCACUUGGAUUUGAGAAGAUGGAGAGAGGCUCUUUGUCUUCUAAGUACAUGGACAGGACCAGUCCAAUUGACAAGCACAUGGAGGUGAUGAUAAACCGUUACGGCAUGGCGGCAGCUCCCCCCGCCGCGCAGAUGUUUGGCAACGCCGGCAGGGAGCACAUGGAGAGAUAUGGCACGAAGCCAGAGCACUUUGCCAAAAUUGCCUGGAAAAACCACAAGCAUUCCACCAACAACCCUUAUUCUCAGUUCCAGGAUGAGUACACGUUGGAGCAGGUGAUGAACUCGAGGAAGGUGUUUGAGUUCUUGACUUUGCUGCAGUGCUGCCCCACUUCGGAUGGUGCCGGUGCUGCAGUUUUGGCGAGCGAGGACUUUGUCCGGCAGCACCGUCUGGAGAAGCAAGCAGUGGAGAUCCUGGCCCAAGAGAUGGUGACAGACCUGGCCACUACGUUUGAUGAAAACAGCUGCAUUAAGAUGGUGGGUUACGACAUGUCUCGGGUCGCUGCCAAAAAGUGUUUUGAAGCUGCAGGUUUGAAGCCCGCCGAUGUUGAUGUGGUGGAGCUGCACGACUGCUUCUCAGCCAACGAGCUUAUUACCUAUGAGGCUUUGGGACUGUGCCCCGAAGGUAAAGGAGCAGAUCUGAUUGACAGAGGAGACAACACAUAUGGUGGCAAGUUUGUGAUCAACCCCAGUGGCGGUCUCAUCUCCAAAGGACAUCCUUUAGGAGCUACUGGUUUGGCUCAGUGUGCUGAGCUCUGCUGGCAGCUGAGAGGUCAGGCUGGCAGGAGGCAAGUACCUGGGGCUAAAGUGGCCUUGCAGCACAACAUUGGCUUAGGAGGAGCUGUGGUUGUCGCUCUUUACAAGAUGGGAUUCACACAGGAUGUCAGCGCACAGGUCAGAGCAGUAGCCACAAGUGCAAGCCACGGUUUGGAGGGCUUUAAAUCGUACCCCGUCUUCAAGGAGAUUGACAAACACCUACAAGAGGAAGGAGCACAGCUUGUCAAGAAGAUCGGGGGCAUAUUUGCUUUUCAAGUGAAAGAUGGCCCUGGCGGAAAGGAAGCGACUUGGUUUGUGGAUGUGAAAAAUGGCAAUGGCUCUGUCACCAAUGAACCUGGUACAAAGGCUGACUGCACCCUCUCCAUGAGUGAUAAGGAUCUUCUGGAUCUGAUGACUGGAAAGUUGAACCCCCAAACGGCGUUCUUUAAAGGAAAACUGAAGAUUACUGGAAACAUGGGCAUGGCGAUGAAGCUGCAGAGCCUUCAGGUGUCACCAGGAAGAGCCAAACUGUGAUCACAGAUGAGAUUGUCACCUUCAAAUUAGUUUUGCGGGACACCAGUGCUGCUCAUCUGCAGCGUAGCUGGCCCUGCAUGCUGUUUGAGACACAAAAAUCUAUUUUUGUAGUUAUUUCAGCUAUUUUAGCUUUAAUUUAGCCUUUUAUUUGCACCACCAUUGCUUCUGUUGUACUGUAAAAUUAAGAUGUUCAUACAUGAAUCAGGCCGCACGGUGGCCUAGUGGUUAGCAUGUUGGCCACGGAGUUUCUCCCCGUGCGUGGGUUUUCUCCGAGUCCGGUUUCCUCCCAUAUUCCGAAAACAUGAGGUUUAGGUUACGGUAAUUGGCGACUCUAAAUAGUCCAUAGGUUUGAAUGUGUGAGCGUGAAUGGUCGUUUGUCUAUAUGUGCCCUGCGCUGGCGACCAGUCCAGGUUGUACCCUGCCUCUCGCCCCAAGUCAGCUGGGAUAGGCUUCAGCAUAGCGACCCUAAUGAGGAUAAGCGGCACAGGUGGAUGGAUGGAUGGAUGAAUCAGCUACUAUACCUCACACACACUGCUCUUCAUGAAUAUGGAGAUUAACCAAGGCUCAGUAUUAUCAUAAUCUAUGCGAGGGAAGGCUGUAACGACACAACAAAUGAGUACGGUAGAUUAACUGAAAUAAUACUCUGUGGUAACAUUGUGGUAAGAAGUUGUCAUGGCACUUUUGGGGUUUUAAUGAUUUCUCUGGGCCAGGUUUUGGAGUGAAUUCAGGAUUUUUUCCGGUACUUACUUGCCUCAGUCAUGAAAUUAUUGGCUUAUGGAAGGUGUGGAAAUUGGGACCGCCUAUUUAGACAAGAGGGGGAAGGGGGAACUCGCGCUGCCAGGGGCGCGACACCAUUGAGCUGAUCUGUCACUGACAUCUCUCCCUUGCGGGUGAAUUGGAUCCUUGCGGUGUAAUGCAUGCAACAUAAAAGUAUAUGGUGGGCGGAAUGUCUGUUUUGUUACGCUGGCAUGCAUUUUUUUGUCUGUUUUGCAGGUCAGUGGGAAUGGGGUAUCGUUUGAACCGCAACGGCAAAAAUCUUUCCAUAAUCUUCUUUCUCGUACGUACAUUGAACUGGGUUCCAAAAUUAAACAAACAAAAAAAUGUUGUUAUCUUUUAUUCAUAAUUUGGAUUUCUGGAAAGUAAAAACAUACCUUCUAAUAAUGUAUCUUACAGUAAUGUUUAAAAAAAUGUUAAAAUCAUAAAACAAUGGAAAACUCAAUACAGUAGUCCCUCGCCACUUUGCGGUUCAGAUUUCACUCACUCACUCACUCACUCACUCACUCACGGUUUUUCAAAAAUAUAUUAAUAUAUCAUGCUGUUUCAUAGUUAAAUACGGCCUUUUAUUUGUAAAAAAAAAAAUGCAUAUUGGAACAAAUUUUACAUAUUUUUUGCCUAAAUUAAACAUUUUCAAGCAUAAAAAUGUCCAAAUGAACUAAAAUACAUGUACAAGGCAUUCAGAAGACGCAUUCACAGAUGCUGUGAAUGACCACUAGGUGUCAGUCAUGUUACUGUAAUGUUCAGUGACACACACAAACACCAGACUUGGCCCGAACAACAGGCGUUUAUUGCAGGUUUGAAUUAUCUCCCAACAGGCACAAUAAUCCCUACUAAAAAGAUGUGCUGCUGUUGCUGCAGUAACCCACGCCAAGCUAAAACUCAACACUGAACCCCAGACGUCACUUCCUGUACGUCACUCAUUCUGUUCCCACAGGGAACACAUUAAUAGCAACACACAAGAGCGCAUGAGUCUUAUUUACGGCUUAUUUUCUCUUAUUAUGACUACUAUAUUGGGUAAUACGAGUGUAAAGGUGAUAUAGGGGUGAUGGUUCAUGUCCAGAGGGGGCUCCACUUGUUUAUUCAGCAACAGUUAAAUAGAGUUCUUAUCGAUAAUAAAUGACUUAACAUUACCAGAAGUUACUCCUGGCAGGCUCUGAGCUUAUGUAAAGGGUACACUUCACACUUAAGGACUUUAGCAAAACAUGUAAAGAAAGCACAACUGUUAAACAACCUCAAGCCAAGUUGACCUCUUCUUUUGUGCAAUUAGAGUUCAAAUUAGAGUUUGGGGAGGGGGUCCCAAAACCCCCAAAAGAAAUGAAAAUAUGCUUGGUCUCUGUGCCAGUUGAACUUUGUCGUUUCUUGAAUCAAGUUCAUGAAUAUUCCAAUAAGCCUCUCUCUCACUCCCUUGCAAUCACAACAUUUUUUUUCAUUAAAGACUUUCUGCAGGUUUCUAGCAACGUCCUUCCAGGAACAGUGUUAUGAAGUAGUUGAUAGUAUAUUGUCCAUUGCCUGGUUUACACACAAGUACAAAAAAAGGAACAUGGUGCACAUCUGGCUGAUGAGGUUAUCACACACUCAUUUCGGCCGUAUAAUUCAUUUGAAUUUUAACAAUGUAAGAACACUAAUUUGGCUACUUGUUUAAUUGUUUGGAUGAGUUUUUUAAUUAAUGAGCUGAACCAGUAGAACACAGUAUCUACACUGAACUCUUUGGCCUUUUUCUUUUCAGAGAAAUGCAUGUUAUCAUUGCUUCACAGGAUUCAAACUCGGUUAAUAAAGCCUGAUGAUUCAUUUGAAUUGUAACCGUGUAGUUCACGUUUGUUUUUUGUCAUUAAUUAUGUGCAUUUCCAAUCGUGAGUACUAGAAGUACUUGUGAUGAUUUUUGAUUCUGACAGACUGUUCCGCACAGUAUAUUGAGUUCAUGCUAUUGACUGUGUUUUUGUUUGCAUUCUCACCUGCUUGUUCCAUGUUGGUAGUGCUUGUAAGUAUUUACAUUAUACUUCCAU